CUGUCUUUUCCUUCUCCUCCGCCUCGCCUCUUCGGAUUUGAAAAAAAGGGAAAAUUGAAGCAAAGAACACCAACCCUUUGCUCCGUUUAAGAGUGAAGAUAAUGCAUUAUUCCCCCCCCCCAAUUGAAGGUAUUCUGACAGAGAGAGGUGAACCUUCUAGAACUUAGGGUUCAACUUUGGUGCCUUGCCCAUGGAAAACAAGGAUGAAGGGAAGUCCCGUAAGUCUGACAAAUCUUCUUCACCGAUGCCAACGGAUCAGAACAAUUUUCAUGUCUAUCCCGAUUGGGCUGCUAUGCAGGCAUAUUACGGUAUGCCACCAUAUUACAAUUCAGCUGUGGGAUCAGGCCAUGCUCCUCCCCCUUAUAUGUGGGGUCCACCACAGCCUAUGAUGCUACCCUAUGGUGCGCCUUAUGCAACAAUCUACCCUCAUGGGGGAGUUUAUGCACAUCCUGCAGUUCCUCUGGCUGCAGCGCCUGUGGAUACACCUACAAAGUCCGCUGGAAAUACUGAACAAGGUUUAAUGAAGAAGCUCAAAGGAUUUGAUGGCCUUGCUAUAUCAAUAGGCAACGAUAAUGCUGAGAAUGCCGAGGGAAGAGUUGAGCCUAGAUCGAAGCUAUAUCUUAAGACUCGAGGUUCCACUGAUGGUACUGAUGGGAAUACAACUGGGACGGAUCAAAGUAGGCGAAAAAGAAGCAGGGAGAGGGCACCAACCACUGGCGGAGAUGGGAAAAUUGAGGCGAAGUCUAAUCCAGUAGCUGCACGGGAGGUGAUUGCAACCUUUUCUCCUAAAACAAUUGGAACUGUACUUUCUCCUGGCAUGACCACAUGCACAAGUUUGGAGUUUAGGAACCCCCCAACCAUAAAUCCAAUGGGAGAACAUUGCGGAGUAAUGCCUUCUGACGUCUGGUUGCAGAAUGAACGAGAGCUGAAACAGGAGAGGAGGAAACAAUAUAAUAGAGAAUCUGCUAGAAGGUCAAGGUUGAGGAAGCAGGCUGAGACCGAAGAGCUUGCUCGUAAAGUUGAAUCCUUGACGUCAGAGAAUGCAACACUCAGAUCUGAAAUAAAUCAAUUAACCAAAAUGUCAGAGAAACUAAGGCUAGAAAAUGCUAUAUUAGUGGAGGGACUGAAAAAGGAUGAAGGCAGACAUGCACAGGAAAAUAUUUUGAGCAAAAAACAAGACAAAGAGGGUGAAAUGUGCGAGGAAAAGUCAGACUCAAGUGCCAAGCUACGUCAACUCUUGGACCCGAGUCCUAGAGCCGAUGCCAUGGCUGCCGGAUGAAUAAGGAGAAGAGUUCUUGCUGAGUUGUUUUUUACAUUAAAUUGGAGGAAAUGAGGUAACUUUGGAUUUGUAAGUUAGCAUUAGGAUAAAAUAGUUUAUUAACAGUUCUUUGCAUUUGUAAGUUAGCUUUCUAAGGGCAUUAACUGAUAUAUAUUUUAAUCUGAAAAUCAGAGUGCUGAGAGAAGUCCU